AUGGCCAAUCUUAGAAGUCCAAGGUUUCAGCUCUUACUGGUUUUGCAAGUCCUUAUGCUAAUACAAUCCAAAGUGCUUUGCUACCAGUACAAAGUUGGAGAUCUAGAUGCUUGGGGCAUACCGACUUCGACAAAUCCAGAGGUCUACACCAAAUGGUCAAAAACCCAUGAAUUCAAGAUGGGAGAUUCUCUCUUGUUUUUGUACCCACCAAGCCAAGAUUCAGUGGUUCAAGUCACAGCACAAGCCUACACCAGCUGCAACCUCAAAGAUCCAAUCUUGUACAUGAACAAUGGCAACUCUCUGUUCAAUUUUACUUCAUUGGGGGACUUUUACUUCACCAGCGGUGAACCGGGUCAUUGCCAGAAGAACCAGAAGCUCCAUAUUUCUUUUGGCAAUGGCUCUGCCUACUCUCCCUCCUAUGGCCCUAGUGCAUUGCCUGAUUCUGCACCUUCUUACCCCACAGUUUUUGGCACAAUCCCAGCACCCCCUUCUUCUGCGCCGUCACAAAGUUUCCCAGUUCUCAUGGUGGCUGUGAUUGGAUUUGUGGUAUGUUCACUGCUCAGUGGCAAUCUGUGA